GAUUUAGUGAAAACCAAAGACAAUUGUGUAAGCAGUUUGAAAACAAGCAUGCUGGACUUUCUCCCUAGUUGAUCAGUUAGGCAAUUUUUGUGGCUAGUUUGAGCCGCCUGCUAACCAGUGAGCACGGGGAAGUGGUGGGAAUAACAUUCAGAGGGUGGAUUGGAGGAGAAACAGAAGCAUUUUAGCUUCAUACCCUCUCUGGGCCUGUGUUUCCUGAAGUCAUCACACCUGCAGCAGAGGGAAAAUGGCCGAGUUGAAGUACAUUUCUGGAUUCGGGAAUGAAUGUGCCUCAGAGGACCCUCGCUGCCCAGGUGCUCUGCCAGAAGGACAGAACAAUCCUCAAGUCUGCCCUUAUAACCUGUAUGCUGAGCAGCUCUCAGGAUCGGCUUUCACUUGUCCACGGAGCACAAAUAAGAGAAGCUGGCUGUAUCGGAUUCUACCUUCAGUUUCCCACAAGCCCUUUGAGUCCAUUGACCAAGGCCAUGUCACUCACAACUGGGAUGAAGUUGAUCCUGACCCUAACCAGCUUCGAUGGAAACCAUUUGAGAUUCCAAAAACGUCUCAGAAGAAAGUGGACUUUGUGAGUGGCCUGCAUACCUUGUGUGGAGCUGGAGACAUAAAGUCUAACAAUGGGCUUGCCAUCCAUAUUUUCCUGUGUAACACCUCCAUGGGGAACAGAUGUUUUUACAAUUCAGAUGGGGACUUCUUGAUUGUUCCCCAGAAAGGGAAACUUCUCAUUUACACUGAGUUUGGCAAGAUGCUUGUGCAGCCCAAUGAGAUCUGCGUCAUUCAGAGAGGAAUGCGGUUCAGCAUAGAUGUCUUCGAGGAGACCAGGGGCUACAUCCUGGAGGUCUACGGCGUCCACUUUGAGUUGCCUGACCUGGGACCAAUUGGAGCUAAUGGCCUGGCCAAUCCUCGUGAUUUUUUGAUACCCGUUGCCUGGUAUGAAGAUCGCCAAGUGCCAGGUGGCUACACUGUGAUUAAUAAAUACCAGGGCAAGCUAUUUGCUGCCAAACAGGAUGUCUCCCCAUUUAACGUUGUGGCCUGGCACGGGAACUACACCCCCUACAAGUACAACCUGGAGAACUUCAUGGUCAUUAAUUCAGUGGCCUUUGACCACGCAGACCCAUCCAUCUUCACAGUAUUGACCGCCAAGUCUGUCCGCCCUGGGGUGGCUGUCGCUGAUUUUGUCAUCUUCCCACCUCGAUGGGGGGUUGCCGAUAAGACCUUCAGGCCUCCUUAUUACCACAGGAACUGCAUGAGUGAAUUCAUGGGACUUAUCAAAGGUCACUAUGAGGCAAAGCAAGGUGGAUUCCUGCCAGGGGGAGGCAGCCUGCACAGCUCAAUGACCCCCCACGGGCCUGAUGCUGACUGCUUUGAGAAGGCCAGCAAAGCCAAGCUGGCACCCGAGAGGAUUGCUGAUGGCACCAUGGCAUUUAUGUUUGAGUCUUCUCUAAGUAUGGCCGUCACCAAGUGGGGGCUCAAGACCUCUAAUUGUUUGGAUGAGAAUUACUACAAGUGCUGGGAACCUCUCAAGAGCCACUUCACUCCCAAUUCCAGGAACCCAGCAGGACCUAACUGAGACUGAAGCAGUGCUAUCAUAAUUGAGAAUGGAUUUGUCUGGUUUUGUUUAGAAUAUCAUGCCUUCUGGCAGUAUGGGGGAGGGGGUCGGUUAAAAUGAGAACUUACUUUUUCACAGGCAAAUAACUCAGACAUUUGUAGAAAUGUUUUUGGAAAGUUCUAUGUCAGCUUAAUUCCUCAAUAAAUACUUGACUGGUA